AUGGAUUACUCAACGAUGUCUAAUGAUCUCGUGGAACCUUCCCCUUGGGGAUCCCCGCACCCCGAUAGCAACACUUUCGCCUCCGCCGGACAACACACUGACGUCCCUCCCGCGCCCUUACCUCCGCACCAGCAAUCGCCCUACGGAAAUUACCAGGAGACUGAAUCCGGGAUUGCGCAAGGAACAGCACCGGGGGAGGCUGCAGGGACGCCCCAAAGCUCCCAGGCUGGUGAAACUACACCCAGUCAGCAACCUCAGUCGACUGCCAACCAACAAUCGCCCCGAUCCGAGGGUCCUGCUCGUUAUCAAACCGGAGCUCGACAAAAUGCUGCCCGGCCGCCGGCACCGGCAUAUAAACUUCAGGGAAAGAUAACGGCUCUGGAGCGGACGGGAAAGAAAGACCCCGUCUUACGAUUCGAUGUUUAUACCAACAUCCCCAAGUUUCGCACCACGCAAUACCGAGAUGUUCGACGCACCCAUUCUGAGUUUGUCAAACUUGCCGAGCACUUGAUAUCUUCAAACCCGGAAGCUCUGGUUCCGGCCGUUCCUCCCCCGCUCACCCCGGCUGGUGCAGGAACCGAUGAAGACGAGAUUCGUGUCAAGACUUCUAUGCAGAGGUGGAUGAACUACGUUUUUGGAAAUGAGGUUCUCACCCAUGAUGACGAGGUUGUUCUUUUUGUCGAAAGCGAUUUUGGCUAUAGCCCGGUCGUCCGGAUGAAGCAACCUGCAACUGGUGUUCGUCGAAAGGUUAUCAAGCAGUUCGCACCGCCGCCGGAUGAUACCCCAGAGUUACAGAGCGCACGCCCGGUUGUAAAGAUGUUUUACCUUGGUGCUCUGGAUGCGAGUCAAAAGGUUGACCGCGUAGUUAAAACCCGGAGAGGCCUCGGAUUGGCAGAAUCCGAUCUCGGUGUCAAGAUUGGGCAUAUGCAUGUCCAGGAGACACAUACUGGAUUAGGAAAUGCCUAUCGUAAACUUGGCCGAAUUAUUCAAACGACCGGUGACUAUCAUGCGGCCCAAGCCACAGCAGAAGCAACAACACUAGGAGAUCCAUUGGAGUACCACUCAUCAGACGCAUUUAUUGUUAAAGAAACAUUGACGAAUCGCCAUAUUCUCCUUCGAGAGCUACUUCAGGCGCAACAGACGGCGCGUAGCAAGCGUGCCGCAGCAGACCGGUUGAAGGGCAGCACAUCAGUUCGCCCAGACAAGGUGGACGAAGCUAUUAGUGCUUUGGACGAGGCCCUCGGGCAAGAGACGUAUCUUACGAAGAAAACGGAAAGGGUAACUGCGAAUUUGUUGUUGGAAACGCGACAGUGGUUUAACCGGACUUCAGACGAUGUCCUUGCAAGCCUUCGAGACUACACCCUACGGCAGAUUGAAGCCGAACGUCGAACAUUGGCUUUGCUCGAGAGCGUUCGUGCAGACAUUCGGGCGAUCGACGCUUCUGGUGGACUGAGUCGUCUUGGGCGAGAAGCGCACCCUGCAGUGCGAAGAGCAAGCAUGGCAUCGAGCCAAGGACCUAAGGGCGAUGCAUGGAGUGGCGUUCCUCGUCGCGGCGACAGUUUGAGCCGGAGCGUCAGUGGAGCCGCAGUUGUCGUCCCAAUUCCAGAGGACGAAAACGCCAACGGUGACGGCGGUAAAGGGCGGGCUCGAGCUCUGAGCGGUGUCAGCUCUAUUGCUGAGGAGGACGACGGCCGGUUGGAUGCAAAGAAUGCUGCUAGUCGGCUUGCAACCAGCACAUUCUAG